UUCAUUGUUUCCAAAUUCAAUCCAAAACCACCCUUCAAAAUGUUCAAGCUGUUCAUCUUCGCCUGCUUCCUCGCCCUUGCUGCAGCCAAGCCCGGACUUCUGCCAUACGCAUACACCGCACCCGUGGCCGCGGCGUACACAGCACCCGUCGGCGUCGCUGCCGCAUACACCGCUCCAGUGGCCUACUCCGCGUACUCCGCCUACGCAGCACCAGUGGCUUACUCUGCUUACACAUACGCAUCUCCUUACUCCGCGUAUUACCUCCGCCGUUGAAAAUGAAAGAAACCACCAAUGUUUUGAACUUUUUUAAUUAAUGGCCUAUUAAUAA